AUGCAGGAGGCUGCGCUGGCGGGGAGCGGCUCUGCGGUACCGCAGAAGCACAUUGUAGAGAACCCGCAGUUGAUGCAUGACUUUCGCCAUUCCGCGUCCUUUGCUAAAAUCAUUGUGUAUCUUCAGAGAUGCUCGGAGGCGGUCGAGGGGACGCCACGGAGCGCGCGGUUAGUGCAAAAUCCCGCUGAGUUGCAUCCGACCGUUCAUUUCUUCCUUGAAACGUUUUUCCCGCACCUCCACAAAAUUGUGGACGAGGUGCCGCUGCAGGACAUGAGGCAGCAGCGGUUUGGCAAUAAGGCGUUUCGCGUCUUUCACCAGCAUCUUGAGGCAGAUGUGAACACGCUGAUGCAGCAGCUGGUGGCGACGUUGCCUGCAACGACGGGUGACGGAAGUGAGGGGCGGAGCUGCCUGGCGGUGGAACUGGCAGAAUACGUUAAGGACUCCUUCGGUAACAGCAUCCGCAUUGACUACGGCACAGGGCACGAACUGCACUUUUUUGUCGUCAUGGCGAUAUGCCUGGAGGAGUGCGGGGACACCGGCGGCACGCUGCACGCGGAGCCGGACACAAUACUCCCGCUGUUAUUUUCGCCACCAAAGCCAGUGCCGUUGGACGACAGGGACCGGAUUCGGCGACUGCGCCAGGGCAUGGUGUUCGAGGUGUUCAGCGCGUACCUCACCUUCAUGCGGCGGCUGCAGAAGCACUACCACCUGGAGCCGGCCGGGUCGCACGGGGUGUGGGGGCUUGAUGACUACCACCACAUUCCCUUCAUUUUCGGCGCGGCGCAGCUGAUCGGGAAGGAGGUGCCCUGUACAACAGACCCCACCAGCGCCGGAAAGGGGUGCGGCGUGAUACUGCCCAAACACGUCUGUGAGGAGAACACCGUCCGGCUUCACGCCGAUGAAUACUUUUACUUUGCGCAGGUUGCAUGGGUGCGGGACAACAAGGUGGGACCUUUCUUUGAGCACAGCAGCAUGCUAUACAACAUCAGCGGCGUGGAAACGUGGCGCAAGAUAUAUACAGGCAUGAUAAAAAUGUACGCCGCCGAGGUGCUGGGAAAGUUCAAUGUUGUACAGCACUUUCUCUUUGGUACACAUUUCCCCUGGCUGGCGGCGGUACCGUGA